AUGUCUUUCGCUCCUGGUGACGAGAAGAAGGGUGCCAACCUCUUCAAGACCCGCUGCGCCCAGUGCCACAACCUUGAGGCUGGCGAGGGUAACAAGAUCGGCCCCAACCUGCACGGUCUCUUCGGUCGUAAGACCGGUUCCGUUGAGGGCUACUCCUACACCGAUGCCAACAAGCAGAAGGGCAUCACCUGGGACGAGAACACUCUUUUCGAGUACCUCGAGAACCCCAAGAAGUACAUCCCCGGUACCAAGAUGGCCUUCGGUGGUCUCAAGAAGCCCAAGGACCGUAACGACCUGAUCACUUUCCUCCAGAGCUCUACCAAAUAG